AUAAUAGCCUCUACCAAGACAUUAACCGCUGAAGCAGAAAGCUUUUUGAAAGAAGGUAUUAAAGAGCAACUGGAACGUUUUCUACUUCAGGAGAAAUUAUAAAAAAUAGAAAUAUAUUUAAGUUAAGUCUAUAUAUAAUAUAUAUAAGUAUAGAACUAAUAUCUGUAUAUGUUUAAUAUAAAAUCUUAAAGCAUUCAGAAUUUAUUUCUUAUUAUAUUUAUUUUUUAUAAAUUUUCUAAACAGAAUAAAAAUAUUCUUAUAAUAUAUAGAAAUGGAAAUAAUAGAUAAAUAUCAAUAUAUUUAUAUCUAUAUUGAUAUUGCGUCCAAUAGGAUUUGAACCUAUACCAAAGGUUUAGAAGACCUAUGUCCUAUCCAUUAGACAAUGGACGCUUUUCGCUUUUUUUAACUUCCCAUUUGUUAAAUGUGCGAAAUCUUUUUAGCAAUUGUGUAGUGAAUUCACUACACAAUUGCUAUUAGACAAUUCUAAUAGAGAAAAUUGUCUCUAAUAAAAAGGGGACAAUUUAGAAUUUAGAGCGGGUAGCGGGAAUCGAACCCGCAUCGUUAGCUUGGAAGGCUAAGGGUUUUAGUCGACGUCGAUCGAUCAGUUUUAUAUUUUUAACGUCUCUAAUUCAAAACCGAACAUGAAACUUUGGUUUCAUUCGGCUCCUUUAUGAUGGAUGGCGAAAUUCCCAAAUAAAAUAAGAUGGGAACUAAAUCAAAAUUUGACUCAUAACAUCUAUGUUAGCUUUUUUCCCGUUUGGAGGCUUUCCCAGAAAAAUUUUGCUUUAUAGAUGAUCCUUCUAGAAGAUAGAAAAGGCGAACUCAAAAAAUCUUUCUAGUUACUUCGUUCUUUAUUUCUAUUUAACGGAAUCCUUAGGAAAAGUAUUUUGUUUCCACCGAGCUAAAACAAUAUAAUAUGUCGAUGUCUUUAGUAAACCAAAGUUCUCGUUUAAUAGCUAUUUUGCUUCAAUUUUUUCUAUACCAAACAAAAAAUAGAACUGAAGAUUUAGUUACGAUUAGAAAGAAACUUUUCUGGCUUUAUCCAUGGAUCCUCUUGUUAUACUUAUUGAAUUGUAAAUAGUCAUCCAAUUCAAAAAUUAUGUUUCGAAAUUUCAUAAUCCAAAUUGACAAUUAAUUAGAGUCUUUGGAUACAAAUUACGAGAAUCUAUAAUCUUCCUUGAAUUUUUCAUUGAAAGGUAAAGGACUAAAUCCUUUUCAGAAAUAAAGUUUUUGAUCGGAAGAUUAAUCAAACCGAGAGACCCUUUAACUAUUAAAGGGGUUAAAGGAACGAAUCACACUUUUACCACUAAACUAUACCCGCUACAAUCCAAUUAUUGUAUAUAAAUUUACUUUUUGUCGAACAAAGUAAUCGGGAGAAAAAAAAUCUGAAAAAAAAAUGAGAAAAUUCUAGCGUAGACUUAAUAAAAUUAGGCAAAGCAGGAUUCCUUUUUUUUAUUUCAGAUCUUUUUUGUCUAAAAACCCAUCGGAUGGGUCUUUUUAACUUUAACAAAAAAAGGCCCGGCUGGGGACUGACCAGGCCAGGCUAUUAAAAUAAAAAAGAUCUUUUAUUUGUGUUUGGACGAGACAAAAUCAAAAAGGAUUCUCUAUUUCUAUUUUUGUGAUUUUAUUUAUUUCUCUUUCGAGCCUUUUCUUUAUUGAAUCUUUAUUUACAGUUUUUAUGUAAAUAGAAUUACUGAGAAAGUUCUAUAAAAAAGGUUAUAUAAUAGUAAUAUAUAUAUAUAUAUUAAUUAUAUAUAAAUAUAAAUAUUAUAUAAAUAUUAUUUAUAUAAUAAAAAAGAAAAAAUAAUAUUAUAUUUUUUAUAUAUAAUAAAAUAAUAUAUAUAAUAAAAUAUAGAAAAUGAAAAUAUAUAUAUAAUUAAAGUAUUAUUAAAGAUAAAGAAUAAUCUAAAAAAAAAAACUUUUUUAAGAAUAAAGUGGAGAAAGUUUUUUUUUAAGCCGUUUUUUUGUCUAAUGGAACCUAAAAAGUAUUCCUUUUCGAUUAGGAGAGAUGGCUGAGUGGACUAAAGCGUUGGAUUGCUAAUCCAUUGUACGAGUUAAUCGUACCGAGGGUUCGAAUCCCUCUCUUUCCCUUCCCCUUUUUGAUGAUGUGAAAUAGAUAAAAUCCUAAUAAAAUUCGCACAUUUCCACUAUUUAAAUAUUAAAUAAAGUAAUAAAAAACCUUUCUUUUUUAUUCUUCACGUCCCGGAUUACGUCCUGGAUCAUUAGAUAGGAAUCCAAAUAUGAAGAGAGAAACAAAGAAUAUAACUACAGUGUAUACAAAAAGUUUGAGAGUAAGCAUUACACAAUCUCCAAGAUCUUACUUUUUUUAAAAAAAAAAAAAAGAGAAUAGAUUCUCUAUUUUUAUACUAAAUAUCUAGAUACUUUUUUUGUGAGUGAACUCGAAUCUAAUUAAGUUCUUUCAUUUAGAGAAAAGAGGAUAAAACUGAGGAAAUCAAAUGAUCCAGAUUUAGUAUGGCUACCAAAAAAAUUCAAUGUUUGAAUUGAGAGUUCCUUCCUACGUCAAGAUUUUUUGAUCUUUUGAUUUGAAUUGUUGGAAGAAUCAAAAUCGUGAAUUUUUCUAAGACAGUAUUAAUAAUUUCAUCGAAAACUUACAGCUGCUUGCCAAACAAAGGCUAAGAGAAGAAAGAAAAGAGGUAUUACGGGCAUAACAUCUACGAUUGGAUUCAAAAAGGCGUAGGCCUCCGGCAAUUUGGCGACUAAAAAAGUGCUUGAAAAAAGGGCCGAAUUAAAACAAAUACAGAUCAAAUUAAAUAUAUUAAGCAUAACAAAAAUUGGUGUUCUUGUGGAUAAUUUAAUUUUGAUUGAGUUAUUAAUAUAUUUUUUAUAUAAGGAAAAAAAUAAAUAAAUAAAGAAAGAUAGUCUAAAAAGACUUUGUUGAACUUACUCAAUCAAAAAUCCUUUCAUUCUCUUAUGAGAAUGAAAGAAAUAAUAUUUUCAUACAAUAUCUUAAUUGAAUUCUAUGUAAUGAUCAAUAAAGUAAGUUUGAUUUGCUAUCUACACGUGUCAAAACUAUAGCACCAAUGUAAUCUAUAUUUCAUUUGGGCUGAAAUUGAAUUGACGAACAACCAAUAGCAAUAUUACUCUUUUAGUAGUCUUGAAUAAAAAUAAAAAUGGGGCGUAGCCAAGCGGUAAGGCAACGGGUUUUGGUCCCGCUAUUCGGAGGUUCGAAUCCUUCCGUCCCAGAGUCCAGUCAUUACGAAAUAAAUCUUCUAUUGCCUUUGUACACCAUCUUUUUCUUUCUGUUUAAAAAAACAAUAUUUUUUAAGAAUAAAAUAUUGAAAUGAAAAGAAGAAUAAACUUCUUUUUCACCCGAAAUUACAAAAAAUCUAUUUGCUUUUUUUAGUUGUGUGUGAUGUAGGUAAGUAAGGUAGAACCGUAGAUUCUACGAGUUUUAAUAAAAAAAAAUAUAUUUAUAUAUAUAUUUAUAUAUAUAAAUAUAGAUUUCUAUUCAAAUUUCGAUUUUACAUAUUUUUACAUAUAUAGAAUUUAAUGUGGAAUUCAUUUGAAUUCUGACUGAACCUUUUACGCGUAGAUUCACUAUUCCAUUCAUAGAGAAAGAAAAAGUAUAGAUUACGAUAUACUGACUGAACUAUGACUAUUCAUGAUUCCAUAAUUGAAUCAAUUACACAAACUAAAGGAAUGUUAUGGUAAAACUUCGUUUAAAACGAUGUGGUAGAAAGCAACGUGCGACUUGAAUUGAAGGACAUGAUCUGCUGUGGAUGUUUUGAUCCGCCACCUUUUAUAUUAGGAAUAUAGGUGCUCUUGGCUCGACAUUUUGUGUUCUAUUUUACGAGAGUCCUACACCUUUUUGAAUAUAAAAAAGAGUACAGGAUGGAGCUCGAGGAGAAUAGAAAGUUUUUAUUCCUUUCGCAGGAGUAAGGAUCUAGGGUUAGUGCGAAUCAAUAAGUUGGAACAACUUCGUAAGUCUUUUUAUUUUUAUAUUGAAAAAAAGCCCUUUCAAGUAAUUUUACAAUGGAAAAGGAAAUUUUCGUAAAAGUGUAAAAUUCUUUGAAUUAAAAGUCUAUCAUGCGUGAAUCAAGCGUUUGUAUGAUUCUUUGAUAGAAAGAAAAGAAAUCAUAAACAAAAUAAGGGGCUUGUUGCUGCCCUUUUUUAAUAAAACGAUCAAGAUCACCGAAGUAAUGUCUAAACCCAAAGAUUCAAAGUAAGGAUAAAGAAUCCUGAAACAAGGAAAUCCCUUUUUCAAUUGUUUGAACAACUAGAUCAGAAUGAAGAAUCAAAAUUGAUUCGAAAAAAUGAGACAAACAAAAAAAGGUUAGAGACUACUCAAUAAAAAGAGUACUUAAGGAGUCUCUGGUGAGAUAUUUGAGAGUUAUUUAACUUGAGUUACGAGAGUACGAAUGUUACGAACGCUUUUUAUGAAAAAAAAUAGUUAGGGUUUCAAUACUGGCUAAUUAAUUUAAUGUUUGAAUUUUAUAAAGAGAGUUAACUUAUACUCAUUGCAUUUUUUUCUCGAGCCGUAUGAGGCCAAAGCCUCGUAUACGUUUCUCGGGGGGGGGUAUUAUUCAUAUACAUCUAUCCCAAUGAGCCAUUUAUCGAAUCGUUGCAAUUGAUGUUCGAUCCCGAAGAGAAGGAAGAGAUCUUCGGAAGGUGGGGUUUUAUGAUCCGAUAACUAAUCAAACUUAUUUAAAUCUUCCUGCUAUUCUCGAUUUCCUUAAAAAGGGCGCUCAACCAACAAGAACAGUUCAUGAUAUUUCAAAGAAGGCAGGGAUUUUUACGGAAUUAAGUCUUAAUAAAACGAAAUUGAAUUAAUGAACUAUAAAAAAGAGGAUGUUAAAGACUCAUAUAUAGCUUGGUAUAAAAUUUGAUCUACUCUUUUCUUUCCUCCUCUUUCGUUUCCAUCAUAUUUAUUUUGAUUUAUUAGAAUUUCCAUUUAUUAUUAGUAUUCUUCCUAAAGGUAUGAAAACUAACAAAUAUCCUGCUAAAAACUACCAUGUUUUAUAAUAAAAAACAAAUUUAUU